AUGCCCGCAGCCAUCAGGCUCCUCAACCUCGCCAGCCUGCUCUUGCUCCUUGGCACCCUGGCAACUAUGGUCGUCACGGCUGUUCCUUUGAGCGAGCAGAACCUAGAGGACGGAGAGUUGCUCGGCGACAUCGACUUGGAUCUGUCGAAGCGCAAGACCAGCUACCACUUCAAUAUUGGUAUUCAGUACCAGGGAUGGCUUAAGCCGGGCUCGGCGACAGUGGCGUAUCCUUUGUGGACUCCCGAUCAAGAGUGCAAGAUCUCGGACGGCUCAUGGCCCAAGAUUGGCGAUGGGGAAGUCAGCUACGGCCGAUGGGUGACCAUCACACCCGGCACCGAUGGCGACACGUGGGAGUACCGAAUCGAUCUUCCUUCCAAGGCCCAGGCCGACAAAGGCAAGAGCGGACGCAUCUACGCGAAGAACGCUGUCCCUGGUCGCCGAGGCCCACUGCUGGGAAUCUGUCACAAGAGGUUCAAGCCCCUCGGGAUUCAGUGUAGGGAAGGAGGUCCCUACGUGCGGCAAGACUGGAGCUGCACGGCAACCCACGACUAG